AUGAUAUUUGCGCAUAUUGCUGGAAUACAUACGCAUAAAGCACACUGGCAAGAACCUGAAAAAUUUAAUCCUGAACGCUUUUUGCGGGGAAACGACACUACUGAAAAGAAUAGCUUUAUACCAUUUGGUGGUGGUAUAAGGUUGUGUCCGGGCAGGCAUGUCGCUGUAGCUACACUUAAGAUGUUGAUGGUCUCUUUCUUUGGAAAGUAUGAAGUUGAAUUAGUGGAUCCAAAUAAACCGUUAACAACCGUUUUUAAACUAGGCAAUUCCUGCCAGGAGAUGAAAGUCUAUCUUACACCUAAAGCAAUAUCAUAG